AAUUAAGUAGCUCCUGCUGGCAUACAAAUGCGGAGAUAACUAAGACUUUGACGUGUUUUGUGAGUUAGAGACGUACCAACCAAGUGCAAUGGCUACCUAUUCCAAUCAGCACUGGCUGCUCUCGCACAUCCGCAACUCGUUCAUAUCGACGGACGACACGGGCAUCUGCGAGACCGUAAUGCUGAGUGACGAUAUGCCCAAGCAUUACCUGAAGAAAUUCCAAACUGCCAGCAACGCUAAGGAUGCCCACAGGCGCAGCGGUCACCGGGCACAGGCGACAGCCCAGCAGCAGCGCAAUUCGUUGCCGAAAACCACAGAAACUGCCACACCUACAACAACAACAAACCCACAACGGUCGGUGCCAUUGCAGCAUAUGAUGCCGCCCAGGAUUGCGGAUCCGCCGCUGCAGGAAGUGGACUUUGUUUGCUAUCCGGGUCUGGAUCUAAGCGAUGACGAGGAUCUGGAUAUGUCCACACACUCGUUCGAUAUACAAAUGUAUCCCGAGGUGGGCGCCCAUCGAUUUCGCUCCAAUACGGCGCAGAAACUGGAGAAACUGGACAUUGCCAAGCGUAAGGCGGCGCGCAUUAAAAGCGUCAACUACAACGAAGUGGUGCAGCCCCCAGAUCGUCAGGAUUUUUUUGAGCGGAAAACAGUUAAACCCCGUCCCGCAGAGCAACCCUCAACGUCAGCAGCAACAGGGAGCAGCGGGAGCGGGAGCGGAAGCGCGAAGAAGUCAGAGAGAACCAGCGAGGACGAUCUCUCCGACGAGGGUGUGAAGAGCAAGCUGUCGGAGCAGCUGGCCAAGAGUCCCAAGCAGACGCAGAAUCGAUUCAUUCAAUAUGCGCGCUUUGACGGCACAGCCCAGGUGGGAAUGCCCACGAAGCGCAUCAAUGUGUAUGUCAACAUGCUGCCUGAGCCGGAUCGCAAUUAUCCGCUCAAAAUUUGUGUGCUUUCGACGGCCAAGAUCAUAGAGGUUAUUGGCCUGGUUUGCUACAAGACUACCCUACAGUAUCCAGAUGCAGUGCAGCUCAAGUCUGUGCAGCACUAUGCAUUAUAUAUGACGGAGGACAACGAUGACAUGGAGGACUUUCCGCCACUGGACAAUCGUGAGCCCUGCUCCAAGUUUGGCUUCUCCCAUCUGACGCUGGCCGAGCGUCGUCCACUGGCGCCGGUUACCCGCAUCGAUUACCACAACCACAAUCAGCUGGGCACCAAGUCCAUGACCUCGGAGGACGGCAAGGCGGCAAUGGCGGAUGCUGCAGUGCAAGCGCUGAAGAACAUCAAUCUGAAUGGAGAUGUGACCGACUCGGCUGCUGGAGGCGGUGACGGCGGUGACAGUCCCCUGGACCAUGUCAAGGAGUAUGAGCAGCGUCUGCUAAACCACAACGAUAUGCUGGAAGCACCCAUGCAUCGCACCUAUCGCCUGAGCAUCAUUGACAAGCGCUUCUUUAAAUGUGAUGUGACGCUGAGCGUGUCCGGGGAACGCAUUGAGAUUGAUCAGCACAAGAACGCCAAGUUCUGGGCGCACAGGAAACCCGUGUCGACUCCCAUCGAUCUGGUGGCACACUGCGAGAUUGUGGAGCAGCGGCAGCUGAAGGCGCUGCUGCGCAUUUGGCUCAAAUCGAACUCUUCCAGCGGCAUGUCUUCCAGCUGCACCUCGGCGCCGAUCAGCUCCAGCAGCACUACGCUCAACAUGGGCAGCAGCAACAGCACGGGAAUUGCCCACUCACCAGGCAGUCCCGGCCAUUAUCCCGCCCACAGUUCGAGCUCGCCCUUUGGCUUCUUUGGUGGCAUGUCGAACAUACGGUUCAAGCACUAUGACUUCGAUACGGACGUCCAUACGGCGGAGCAGAUACGCAACAAACUCAACUGCAUUCUGGAGAUGCGCUCCAGUGACAUUCGACGCGAGUUCCUGCAUCAACGUGCCCGCAAACAGGAGAAGCACCAGGCGAAGCGUCAGCUCAAAUUGUAGUAUUUUGUUCCUAUGCUGCCCAAGCUGUGUGCCUAGCGUGCAGUAGCCGCAACUCUUGAGGCGAACCGCCCCACCCCCCGUUGAAGUUGAAGUUGAAGUUGUAUUUGUAUUUUAGUUUGCUAACCUAAAGAGAGAGCGUGUGUUACACACGUUUCUGCUAGCCUAUAAGUAUUUAUUGAAACACUUAAGUAACUAAAACCAAUCCGAAGUGCAAAAAUAAAUAGCAUCAAAGUUCACAAUUAUGUUAAAAGACAACAAGCGUCGCUAUCAGCAA